AUGCAACCCAUGCAGGAAAAUUGUUUUGAGUGUGGUUUUCUACAAACAGCAGACUACUUUAAAAAGCUGUGUGCAGCACCGAGGAUCAGCCGGCUGAGGGGAAAGGAGGUUUAUGAUGCAAGAGGACAACUCUCCAUUGAGGCAGAUGUCUUCUGCAUUGUCUGCAACAAAGAAAAGAGCAUGUCCUCAGCUGCUGUCUCCAGCCUCUCUGGGCCCAAGGAGGCUCUCCUGGACCAGCAGAGAGCUGCUGACGUGAGGACUGCUGCUCAGUGGAUCAAUGAGCCUCUGAGCAGCAUGCUGAAGGGCACGAACCCCUGCGAGCAGUCCGAGGUGGACCACAUACUCAGCAACUUCUUUAUGGCUCGCUACCUGGAAGACAAAGACAUCCAGAACAAGGAGAAGGAGGAGCUUGGUCCCCCCUCGGAGCCUGAGGUGGUGCCGUCUUCCCCACUCCCCGCACCGAGCAAAGACAAGAAGAGUGUUGAUAAAGGCAAGAAGAGUACCACUGCAGAGAAGCAAUUACCUCCAGCAGAGCCACCAGAAGCAGUUUUGCCUGGGAGCCUAGCCAUCGGCUCAGUGUCUCUGGCUGUGGCCCAAACUGGAGCAAAAAUCCAGGGCGUCCCUCUUUACAGAUAUAUAGCAGCUCUGAAGAACAUAAAGGAUCCCGCACAGUUUCACAUCCCAGUGCCUUUAAUAACUCUGCUGAGCUGUGGGAAAACUUCUACUGGGAAACUGAGUUUACUGGAGGAGGUCAUCCUGAUCCCCAAAGCUGGACAACGAGUCAAACAAAUCAUCACAAAGACCCUUGAGUUACAGAAGGAGAUGAUGAGAAUAAUGAACACUUCAACAAAGCAUGGGGCUCAGGCAGUGCUGUGUGACAGUGGAGUGCUGGCUGUGAGCUACGAGCGGCCCGAGCAGCCUCUGGAUCUGAUCACUGAAGCCUGCUCCAACUCUGGUCUGGCUCUGGGAACAGAGAUCCAGUUAGCUCUGAACUGUGCUGCGUCGGAGCUCAUGGACUAUACUAAAGGGAAGUAUGAAAUUGCAACAGGAGUUUUGAAGACUCCGGAUGAAUUAGUUGACAUGUACCAAACCCUCGUCAUCAAAUACCCAGCCGUGGUGGCCCUCAUCGAUCCGCUCAGACGAGAAGACAGAGAGCAGUGGGAGAAGCUGAGCAAUGUGAUUGGAGACUCAUGUUUGCUGCUCUCUGACAUCACCUACAAGGCAAAGGCCCCGCCCCUUCCUGGAGUCAGAGGUCACAUCUUAAAGCACACUCAGGAGACGACAGUCAGUGACUUGAUCUGCAUCACAUCAGAGCACAAAGGGUCAGUGGUGAUGAUGAGUGUGUUUCCUGUUGGUGUUCCAGGGUCAGUGGUGAUGAUGAGUGGGUUUCCUGUUGGUGUUCCAGGGUCAGUGGUGAUGAUGAGUGUGUUUCCUGUUGGUGUUCCAGGGUCAGUGGUGAUGAUGAGUGUGUUUCCUGUUGGUGUUCCAGGGUCAGUGGUGAUGAUGAGUGGGUUUCCUGUUGGUGUUCCAGGGUCAGUGGUGAUGAUGAGUGUGUUUCCUGUUGGUGAUCCAGGGUCAGUGGUGAUGAUGAGUGUGUUUCCUGUUGGUGAUCCAGGGUCAGUGGUGAUGAUGAGUGUGUUUCCUGUUGGUGAUCCAGGGUCAGUGGUGAUGAUGAUGACAACAUGCAGCGAGCCCUGCAGUGCUGACUCUUUAUCAGAUAUAGCUGUGGGUCUGGGUCUGGACUUUGUCAAACUGGGAGGUCUGAGCGGAGCAGAGAGGAUGACUAAAUACAACCGGCUGAUUUCUAUAGAGGAAGAACUGUCCCAACAGGGAAUCCUGGCCUCCAAGGAGAAGCACCCCCCCCCCCCCCCACUGUUCCGUGAGAGAGCAGUGCUGAACACUGACACUGCUCACAGCUUCGGUUGUGCAUGACUGAUUCAAAAUACCUGUCACUGAGGCCAUCUUAUGUUUCAUAAUUUAAUCAUAAUUUCAAUCAAUAAUUUGACUUCAUGUCAGGAUUUCACCUGUAGAGCGUGCAGAGUUGAUUAUAAACUAAGUGCAUUAUUCUAGUGUUAACAGCCUGGUUUAUUUAGAAUCUGUGGUAACAAAAUCAAUAUGAAGCUAUUCAGAGAGAGGCUAAGUGGGUAAACAUAACCUUGAAUAAAAACAUUUUGUUC